AUGCAGCUCCUGGUGAGGGUGCCCUCUCUUCCGGAGCGGGGCGAACUGGACUGCAAUAUCUGCUAUCGUCCCUUCAACCUCGGGGGCCGCGCGCCCCGCCGCCUGCCCGGGACGGCGCGAGCCCGCUGCGGCCACACGCUCUGCACCGCCUGCCUGCGCGAGCUGGCGGCACGCGGCGACGGCGCCGGGGCGGCCGCGCGCGUGGUGCGCCUGCGCCGUGUCGUCACGUGCCCCUUCUGCCGCGCGCCCUCUCCGCUCCCGCGCGGCGGCGUCAUGGAGCUCGCUCUCGACUCAGGCUUGUGGUCCCGGUUGGAGGAAAAAGCGCGGGCCCAGUGCGAACGAGACGAGGCUGGGAGCCCGGUCAAGGAAAACUGCGACGCUGACGGAGAGACCGACAACGAGGAGGACAGCGAGAAGGGGGCGGGGCCCAGGAGCGCGGGGUGGCGCACGCUGCGGCGGCUCUGGCACAGGGUCCUGGCUCCCGCGCGCCGCUGGCGGCGGCCGCUGCCUAGCAACGUGCUCUACUGUCCGGAGAUCAAAGACAUUGCCCACAUGACCCGUUGCACGCUGUAACUGAGGAGCCGGGAAGCUACGGCAGGAGGAGGGGGGUGGCUACAGCCUCAAGGCGUGCUUUAAUACAGGUGGCUGAUAUCAAGACUAGCCCCUCUGAGAUCCCGGGAUUGGCACGUGAUGAGAGUUGAGCUGAGGACAGAAGGGAACACCCUGGGAGGCGUUCACGCUGAGCUGGGAAGGCUCCUGGAGGAACUCGCCCCCAGCUACUGACUGUGCCAGCCUCUCAUGUUCAAGAUGGGCUGGCCCAGGGAUGAUAUAAACAAAGCCUACGUUACCCUGGGAAGAAUGCAGACUGCUUUCUUAUCUGUGACUUUGGCUUAUGUAGGGUGACUCUGUUGCGUGGGAACAACAGGUCCCAGUUUAGCAAUUCUUUGUCAGUGGUUUGAAAUUUUUUAAAGGAUGGAACGAGAGAAGAGGGUAAUUUUAGUAUCACGUUAAUCUCACUUCUCUGGCAUGUAAAGGUGCUGGUAUGCUUGUCUCUGCAUUCCUAGCAGUGUUGCAAAAAUUGAGAUGUUUCCCUGCCUAUAAGAUUGGGAACUUUGCUUCAUUUCAGAAUUUCUCUUCAACUUGCGAGGGCAGCAGGUAUCAGAAGGUCCAAAGGACAUUUAUGUGAGGCACCUAAUUAGGGCCUAUCAAGGAUGGAAGGGAGAGCCAUUUAAUAAAGGCAUCAAAUCUUAAA